AUGCCUCAUAAACGUUGACAUCACUAUUUAUGUACUCCUCACUGACAAGAUUUAGUCACCAGUUAGCAUCUGGGGAUGCAGAGUCCACUCCAGUAGCAGCAGCUAGCAAGGCGUUCUUCCAGAUUCCAGCCAUGGCCAAUCCUGCAAUGUUGUUCACAGUAGCAAUCCUUGCUCUUGUCUCCACUGCCGCAGGUUCCGUCAAUGCAACGGCGAGCCCGAGCGCCGGCGGCAACGCCACGACGGGCCCGACCAAGAACACGACGGCGCCGCCGUUUGGCACGAACCACGCCGUCGGCGAUGGCGCCGGGUGGUUCUUCGACUGGAAGGCGAACGCCUCCGCCGCCAACUACUCCGCCUGGGCCGCCAACCGCACCUUCUACCUCGGCGACUACCUCAGCUUCAAGACGGACACGGGCAACACGGUGGUGCACACGACCAACGCCACGAAGUACAAGCUCUGCAGCGCCGGCGUCGCGGCGAACGGCAGCAGCGGGUGCAAGCCGGAGGGGGCGUUCCUGGCCGUGAUGCUGACGGCGGAGGGCGCCAACUACUUCUUCUCGGCCGCCGGGGACGGCGACCACUGCCGGAAGGGGAUGCGGUUCGAGGCCGCCGUCGCGCACGGCCGAGGGCUUCCAUCGGUGCCGGCGUCGUACUACGAGCCGCUCUCCGGCGCACCGGCUGGGAUGCCGGACGGCGGGGCUGUGGCCACUUGGGUUGCUUUGGUUGCUGCCUUGUCUGCAGCAUUGGUGUUGUGAAGUCCCGGAUGAUCUUGGUCCUGGUACAAUUUUUAUUCGAAAUCUUUUAUGGCAUCAAAGUUUGGUACGACGGUUCGUUAUACAAAUAUUAUAAUUUUGUAACUUUUGUAGUUCCUGAGGAAUAUUACAUGAAUUUUACAGGACAUAGUACAAUUUUGGCAGGA